AUGGGUGACUGGAACCUGUUGGGCAGCAUCCUAGAAGAGGUCCACAUUCAUUCCACCAUCGUGGGCAAGAUAUGGCUCACCAUACUCUUCAUCUUCCGCAUGCUGAUCCUGGGGGCUGCUGCUGAGGAUGUUUGGGAUGACGAGCAGUCCGAGUUUGUUUGCAACACUGACCAGCCUGGCUGCAAGGCAGUCUGCUACGACUGUGCCUUCCCCAUCUCCCUUAUUCGCUUCUGGGUCCUGCAGGUCAUCUUUGUGUCCGCACCCUCACUGGUCUACAUGGGCCAUGCCCUCUACUGCAUCAGAUCACUGGAGAAGGAACGCCACCGCAGACGAGUUCAGUUGAAGGAGGAGCUGGAUGAAGCUGAGUUGGCGUUGGAUGACCAUAAGCGCAUGGAGAGGGAGCUGAGAAGGUUAGACGAGCAGAGGAGGGUGAAGAAGGCUCCUCUCAGAGGAUCUCUGUUGAGAACCUACAUCAUCCAUAUCCUUACACGCUCUGUGGUGGAGGUCUGCUUCAUCCUGGGCCAGUAUCUACUCUAUGGUGUCCAAUUGGAGCCACUGUAUAAGUGUGAGAGGCUGCCUUGCCCCAACAGUGUAGACUGUUACAUCUCCCGGCCCACAGAGAAGACCAUUUUCAUGGUCUUCAUGAUCGCCAUUGCUGGUGUGUCACUUUUCCUCAACAUUCUGGAAAUAUCUCACCUGGGCAUCAGGAAAAUCAAACAGGCACUGUAUGGAGAUAGAUACAUUGAAGAUGACAGUUUGAUUUACAAGUCCAAAAAGAAGACAUCCUUACCACACCUUUGUGUAAUGAGCAAUUUAUCACCUCACAAUGGGCCUUUGACUCAGACGUUCAAAGUAAUUCCAGAGGUGGAUAUGAAGCCUCCUCAUUACAGCACUGGGCUCAAAGCCAACCAGGACGCACAAAGAAAUAACAGCUUGGCUCAUCUGGGACACAGUCAGACCAUCUAUAUCUGCCCCCAACCUAGGAUGCCACCCAGAUAUGGCCAGAUCUGUGCAAUGCAAGCCCCCCAAACCAAUGAACGUCCAGAGGGCAACACAACCAUGGUGGACCACCAUUCUCCCUGGGCUUCAGCUGUAUCCAAUGCAGAGGGAAGUGCAAGAAGCCAUCUUGCGGACAUCCAGGAGGGGGAACACCCUCACCCAGGCCAUUUGGAGGGUCUCCUAUCUGGUAACACCUUCAGACCCAGCAGUUUCAGAGACCUUAACGAGGAGGAGCGUCGGGAAUCAUUGAGGAGUGAGGUCCUGAUCCCCAACCCCAGAAAGACCAGCUUCAUGAUCAGACCACCCUCUGAGAGUUUUUCCUCCAUCAGUGACUCCAUGAGCCCUUCCUUACAUUCUUCAGAGGAGUCAGAUGAAUUAGGCUCCCUACAGGGAGACAUGCCCAUGAUGCCACCUGCUGGAGGCCGGAGAAUGUCAAUGAGUAUGUUUCUGGAUAUCUCCUCUAUCAUGAAGAAGUGA